AUGGCUUCCCCUGCGAAGAACAGUAAACCUGAGUUGGACAGGAGCGGAUAUAUUUCGUUGAUGAAGAAAUAUGGUAUCAUUUUUGAAGGACCUAUUCAACCUGAGGAUUGGCCUGAGCAAUAUGCCCAUUUCUUCAGGAUCAUCUCUCAGACAUCCAUCAUCCGAAAGUCCGAGUACUGCAAAGCAUUCAAUGAAGAUAACUUGAGAGUAGCUAAGCUCAGAAGUGGUAGCACCGAACUUGUCCACGCAGCAAGGAGUGCUCUGAGAAGAAAUGGGAAUGAGAGGACAUGGAGACAAGAGACUGAAGAGAAGGUCUUCAAGUCGUUUACUCAGAGUGCUUUGUGCUCGGGUUGCUAUAAAUUCAGGUGGAAGCCAUAUACUGAGGCCAUGCCUGUCAAUGCAGACGCUCGAGAGAGACUUGAAAAAGAGAUUAGCAGACGGCGACCGUGUUUAUGCAGCGAGUUGCAGUUGAGUGAAAUCAAAGUCAAGGACACACUUCAAUCAGAAUUCUCGCGAGAGCUGGAAAAGGCAAUCAUCCACGAGGAUGUUUUAGACCUUGAAAAAGCUGGUCUGAAGAAGCAAAUGCCUGAUACCGUCAUCGGACUGGGCCAAACGCCGUCGUUUGCAGAGUAUGCCCCACUCAUCACGAGAAGACAUAGUCCGUUCGAACCUGCAAACGUUCUUUAUCCCUUUAUGGUGUUAGAGGCCAAGUCGGAGAAGGCACCAGAUAGCUGGGGAAGCAUCGAGCGCCAAUCUGCCUUUGCUCUUCGAACAUGUCUCGAGCUCCAGAAGAACCUGCGAAGAGAUACAGGGGUCGAGUUCCAGUGCCUCGUAUGGUUUUUCGCUUUCAAGGGGGACGAAUGGCGUUUGUACGCUGCUGUUCCUGAGCAGGCGCAAACACGAGUCAUCGACUUGUGGCAUGGUACAAUACUGUCUGAAGAUGGCGCUUUGCAAUUGCUCCUGAUCAUCGAAUAUCUGCAGAGCUGGGCCUACAAUGUUUAUCGACCUGGUGUCCUCGGAUGUCUGGUUGGGGGUCGACUAAAUUCUCGUAGGCUGACUCCAGGAUUUUCCGUUUUGUCAGAAAGAAGCCCGAGUGAGCUCGAGUUGCUCCAGCACAUCCCUCAUCAGGCAUCUGACAACAGAAAGUUGGUUGUGGAAAACUUCCGACCACAGGGAAGAAUCUCGAAUGGCCAUGUUGGAACAGAAACAAGCCGUGGUAUGGAGCACGAUAACCUGCUGGGCUGGACACGUUGGAUCGGAAAGAGCGUGAAUGAUCCAAAAUGGACCAGGCUUAUGACCAUCAGACACACAGAUCUUGUUUACCUUGACAUUGUGUCACUGAAUCUCCCAGAAGAACUGGAUACGCUCAAGAGUUGCCUUGAAAGCUUCGAGAUGCAGCGAGCCCUGGAUAGCAUUGCUGAAGAGCUCUUGAUGAUGUUUCUCGAUAACGAGCUGGCAAUUCAGACGACAAAUCAUAUCGUGUCCAGGACAUCUGCUGAGGAACACGAAUCGCCUGUCCCGGUCCGGGCAAUAAUAUUCAGCCGCUCCGCAAUCAGGAGGCAAGACUGGCAGAUCUCACGUCAGACACUUGUCAUUGCGUGUACCUGGAAGUCGUUGAUGCUUCUCAAGGACCUUUCACAGCACUCCGUGGCCCUGCCGAAUUUUCCACGACAUUGUCACACUCAACAAUGUGCAUGUUUCACUACAGCAAUCAACGCUGUGAGCUGGAUAAGUCGUGGGAUGUCUGCUAACCUGGCACUGGGACAGACUUGUUUACGGCUGAGGUUCGAUCAGUCGAGUCGGCAGCCAGCACACUUCCAGUGGGUACAAGCCAGGUCAGGGGCCAAAGACACAAGGUUCAAGAAUUUCUGCUUGGCGAUUCUGAACACUACGAGUUCUGUCAUUAAACAGAGGCCUUUCAUUGAGAAGGUGCGAAGUCAUUGGAAGGUCAGUCCAGGAGAAGGAACUGCGACAGCAACAGCCAUGUUCAUGGCCUUAGACGUUCCCCAACUUGUGGAUGACUCCAAAGUUGCGGCUAUGAUAGUGAAGAAGCCUCGUACAUGGCCCGAGACGACUCAAAAAUUCUGUCUUUUCGUUAUGGAAGAUGGUGUUGACUUCGAGAACAGGGCCGAACUCUGCAGGUUGAUACAGACGGCUAAGAAGGACAUAUUUGGGGGCGAUCCGGGCGACCACAAUUGCGUGUUAGCCGAUGAACUCGCGCUCGAUGAAUGGAUUGAAGCAUUGAAGGAUGAAGUUGUUGAGGUUGUUGAAGCAUAG